AUGGGCCCCAGCGGAAAGCUGUCCUGGCUGUGGGUAGCAGAGGGGCCCCUUUGCACAAGACUUCAGCAGCUGCAGCACCAUGUUUACCCCAAGCCAGCUUCCCACCAGCGGCGCCUCGGGCGGCUUUGUUCGGAGUUGUUAUUGCUGCUACUAGUCCUGGCGCUUCCCGUCAGUGUUGCUGCUUCAAGCCUGCUGCCCCGACUUCCACUAGCCCGAGACACAGCAACUAGUUCCGUGGCUUCAGGAGCAGGCUGCCACAAGACAGCCUCUCUUAGCUUGUGCCCGAACCGCACGAGGGACGACCUUCAGCGGUACACCUUUGGAAGGGCCUGUGCAGGCUUCCUCAGCUCUAGAUGUAUUGAAGCAUCUUGCGGCGGAAAUGCUGGACGCAAAAGCAACACCGAUGUUCUCAGGUCGACGAGCCGCAAGGGAAACACAGCAGAUGCGAAUAGCCUCCCAGACCGCACUCGCAGCAGCACAAGCAACAGCAACGACUCCAGAAACAGUAGCAGCAACUCCCAUGCCUUUUCCUCCACUGUUUUGCUACCACGCUCGUCGCUGCGCCUUCGUGGGGCAACAUGGAAGUCCGAGCUUGCGGUGCAGCGGUUGUGGGGCCGGCACGACACCUACAAGCAGCUACUCCUGCAGAUUUGGUGUAUAAACAAAUGUUUACAUCACCUGAAGGACAAUAACAGCAACACUUUCAGCAGCAGCAAGAGGGCACACAGCCCUUCAGAUGAAAUUCUGGACUCCCUAGGAUUCGCGGUAGCUCCGCCAAGCAACAGUAUCGACAGCAGUGACAGCACCAUGCUGUUGUUGGACGGCCCUCCGUAUGCGAAUGGGGAACCCCAUAUGGGCCACGCAGUUAAUAAGUGCUUGAAAGACUUUGCUGUCAGAGCGGCACUGUUGCAGCGUCGUUGUUGCCACAUGUUGCCGGGCUGGGACUGCCACGGAUUGCCCAUAGAGCUCAGGGCAGCUGCAGCAGCUGCUGCUGGCACCAAGCAUGAUGGAGCAGCAGAAGCACACACUACUGAGAUGCAAGGGGGUGGUCGGGAAGCGCCGAACACUGAAGGAACUACCACAGUUGAUAUCAGCAGCAGCAGGGGCGUUACAGGCGGAAGCGGUAGCUGCACCGGCCCCAGGGGCAGGGCUGGCUCCGAGGAGUUGCGCAGCAGAGCUCGCCAAGUUGCUCUUCACUUUGCUUCGCUGCAACAAAGGGCAUUUCAGAGGUUUGGCGUGUGGGCACACUGGGACUCAGCGUACAAAACGCUAGAUAGUGACUUCAAGGCGCAUGAGUUGGAGCUCUUUGCGCUGUUAUGGAACAAUGGCCUAGUGUCUCCGUCGCGUUUCCCUGUAUAUUGGAGUACUUCCAGUCUGAGCACGGUUCCAGACAGCGAAGUCGUGCUAAAGCCUACACCCAGAGACUGUCUCUACUUCAAGCUGUUGCUAAUGGGGCCUCGUCCAGUACAAGAAAAUGUCGACCCCCUCUCUAUCGGGAAGGAGAUCCCCUGGUUCUUCCUCGCCUGGACAACCACCGCGUUCACAAUCCCCGCAAACAGGGCGCUAGCUGUCUCCGCUUCUACGCAUUACGCUGUAUUGCAGGCCUCCCUGAAAGGACCGAAUGGUUUAGAAGAGGAAAUAUGGAUAGUGGGGGAAAAAUGUGUAGCGCCCCUUUUGGAGGCUCUUAAGGGUGCAGGGAAGGCCUGGGAUGUACAGCAAAUAGGCAUGCUCCCGGGGACCCGCUUGGAGGGUUUAAGGUACGCGCAUCCUGUUGCAAGCAGAGUGACUUGCCCCGUCCUGUUGGAUCCCGUUGUUGCAGAUGACAAGGGAACCUCUAUCCUUCACGUGGCCCCUGCGCACUCCCAAGAGGACUAUCGUCUCUGCGAGCGAGCGAGUCGGGGAACUGGUCUUCUAGUUCAACAGUCAACGGAUCUCACAACACGAGUGCAUGUGCCGUUGCUUCCCGCCGUGGGGGAUGAAGCAGCAGCAGCUGCUGCUGGAGCCCCUCUGCUGUGCCCUGUGGGACCCCAGGGGACCUUUUUAGGCGGCAGCGGUAGCGAGCCCUUUAAAGGCCUUGGAGCCUUCAACGGUGGAGAACAACGCGUCAUCGAAUAUCUGCGCAGCAAUAACACUCUACUGCUUACUGGCCUUCUGCCGGAGGUCUUUCGGGACUUGCAGCGCAUUAGGUGGCUGCCCCACCGACGCUCUCCUAAGCAACAACACAAUCAGGGUUCUGCGGUGGAACCCCAGACACUCACGAAGACUCCGGAUGACCAGUGUAAAACUGCCUCAACUGCAGCAGGAUCAGCAGUAAAUGCCUCUCCAGGAUACGAACGCAUGCGCGCUGCACUGCAGACGAGGCCGCCAACGUGGUGCCUCUCGCGGCAAAGGCAGGGUCACAAAUUUGUGGAGCAGUGGACAGGGAACGCCAACAGCUUCCUUAGCAAAUACCUUCCACAACUGCAGCAGCAGCGACGGCAUCCGCAGGUUGAACAUCACCAGCCCGAGCAGCACAGGACUGAACAUCAGCAGGAAGGACGGCAAGUGCCUCAGAAAUCAAAGGAACUGCUGUUCGAGGGAGAGAGAGAAGGGUAUUCUUGCCUGGUAGUGGAGGGUUCAGACCAGAGUAGAGGAUGGUUCCAAAGCCUUCUGCUAUCCCACGCAGGCGCCAGGGAAGGCCUCCGCCGCCAGCGAGCCAAACAGCUGAGUGCUGGUGCCCUCCAAGAGCAGAAGAAUAGCAGACAGGAAGUGGCUGCGCAUAUGACAGAGACAAGCGGAGCAUCAGUCGGCGAUGAGGCAAGCGUCCAUGGGAAGCCGCAGCCAGCAACGACGUCCCUGGGCGAUACAAGAUUGCCUCAACUACCAUUCAGCAUCGCGGUGACCCAUGGAUUUGUCGUAGACUCUAGUGGCAACAAGCUGAGCAAGUCAAAGGGAAAUGCUCUUUCGCCAGACCUCUUCUUCUCUGCUGAGAAGGAAGCUGCACCAGCAGCUCCAAGAAAUUUACCCCAUGCACACAGCAAUACCUUGCAACCGCAACAACUCCACCGCGUACGGAAGCAGCAGAAAGAUAGCCAACUGGCGUACGGUGCCGAUGUGUUGCGUCUGUUUGUGGGCUCCCUGGACUUUGGAGGAGACAUGGCGUGCCCUUCUGGAGAUUCGCAAGAGCAACAGCAGGAAAGACAAGCUGUAAUGCAGGCAGCAAGCACUACUUAUGUCAAGCUCAGAAAUGCAUUCAAGUACCUCGUCGGUUCUCUCCACGACUUUGACAUCAACGCUGACGUGGUCCCGCUGAAUGAGCUACCCCUUUUCGACAUCGGGAUGCUCCUGAGGCUACAGACUUUGGCGGACGACGUGGGAAAGGCCUACGAGGUGUUCCAGCACAACAAGGCUUUGCGUUUGCUGCUUCGGUUUAUCUCCGAGGAUUUUUCAGCCACUUUUAUUGAAGUAGCGAAGGAUAGACUUUACCUUGACCACCCUACGGGCUACCGCAGACGCAGUUGCCAGACAGUGCUCGUUAUGAUACUGCUAGUGCUGACGCAGCUCGUAUCUCCUCUGACCCCUCACCUGGCAGAAGAGGUAUUCUUCAGAAUGCCCAGAAAGCUGAGAGAAGCGCUCGCUGCACACCGCAGGAGCAAGAUCCUGGAGGCUUUGGGACCAGCAGGCGAAGGAUUUGCAAACGCGCUCGGACUGCGCGGGUGGCCUCGCAUGCACCUGCCCAUACAGCCUGCCAUUGCGGCGGAGGCGGAGCAGCUGUGGGACCUGGUGCUGUUGCUGCGCCAAGACGUCCACAGUCUCUUUACCAGGGCGCGGCAGCUUCAGAAGGGCAGCCGCGUCGGCGUACCACGGGUUGGCUCUCUCAAUGACCUGAAGCUGAGUAUAACGGCUCCGACGAUGGCGAAAUUCGACCAGCUACGACGUUUGCUGCCGCAGUCCGAGUUACUAAGGCCGGCUCCCUUCUCUAAUCCAUGUUCUGGGCAAAAUGGAAGAGCACGAGCGACGCCCUCGUACGUUGAUGAUCUACGGUGGCUAGUCCAGUGUUCUGACGUGGACAUUCAUAUGCCUAGGGUUCCUGCCGGAGUUUCGAAGGACGAACAACUUGCAGACCAGACUCUGCUGGCUUCUGUGGAUGAGGGUGCUUCGUAUUCUGGGUUAAAUAUGAAACUGUACAGGGCGCAGGGGCCGAGAUGCCAGAGGUGCUGGAUGAGGGCCGUACCAUCAGCCAGCGAUGUCUCGGAGACUCACGGCCCUGAAAGCGCCUCACAGCAUGCCGAAGGAAGUGCGCCAGCAACGACGGAUAUCGCUAGGGAAGCAACUAAGGAAGUUCCAUUUGCGUGCCAGAGGUGUACUGACGUCAUGCGACACAUGGAGAGCAAGUCAUAA